AUGUCUACAAAUUCAAUUAAAUUAUUAGCAAGUGAUGUUCACAGAGGAUUAGCUGAACUUGUUGCUAAGAGAUUAGGUUUGCGUAUUACUCCUAGUGAAUUAAAAAGAGACUCCACUGGUGAAGUCCAAUAUUCUAUUGGUGAAUCAGUUCGUGAUGAAGAUAUUUUUAUUAUUUGUCAAAUUGGUUCUGGUCUGGUUAAUGAUCGUGUUAUAGAAUUAAUGAUUAUGAUAAAUGCUUGUAAAACUGCAAGUGCGAGAAGAAUCACUGUUAUCUUACCAAAUUUCCCAUACGCUAGACAAGAUAGAAAAGAUAAAUCUAGAGCUCCAAUUACUGCUAAAUUGAUGGCUGAUAUGUUGACCACUGCUGGUUGUGAUCAUGUUAUUACCAUGGAUUUACAUGCUUCUCAAAUCCAAGGUUUCUUUGAUAUCCCAGUAGAUAACUUGUAUGCUGAGCCAAGUGUUGUCAGAUAUAUUAAAGAAAGUAUUCCAUAUGAACAUGCCAUGAUUAUAUCACCAGAUGCCGGUGGUGCCAAGAGAGCUGCUGGAUUGGCUGAUAGACUUGAUUUAAAUUUUGCCUUGAUUCAUAAAGAAAGAGCUAGAGCUAAUGAAGUUUCUCGAAUGGUUUUGGUUGGGGAUGUAACUGACAAAAUCUGUGUUAUCGUUGACGAUAUGGCUGAUACUUGUGGUACUUUAGCUAAAGCUGCUGAAGUUUUAUUGGAUAACAAUGCAAAAGAAGUUAUUGCUAUUGUUACUCAUGGUAUUUUAUCAGGAAAUGCUAUCAAGAAUAUUAACAAUUCUAAAUUGAAAAAAGUUGUUUGUACUAACACUGUUCCAUUUGAAGAAAAAUUGAAGCUUUGUCCUAAAUUAGACACCAUUGAUGUUUCAGCUGUGUUAGCUGAAGCUAUUAGAAGAUUACAUAACGGUGAGAGUAUUUCAUAUUUGUUUAAGAAUGCUCCAUUGUAG